AUGCACCACAGUGAUCGUUUGAGACCAUUGUCAUAUCCUGGAACUGAUGUAUUUUUAUUGUGUUUUUCUAUGGUAAACGCUACUUCCUUAGAAAAUGCCCAACACAAAUGGAUUCCUGAAUUGAGACAUCAUUGUCCAGAUGUACCUAUUGUUUUAGUGGGUUGUAAAUCAGAUCUUGUGACCAAUUCUUCGACAAGUGACAAUACUCGCGCACCAGUCUCCAAAGAAAUGGUUGAAGAAUUCAUGAAAAAGAAUGAAAAGCACAUUUCCAAUGUCAUUAUCACUUCAUCGAAAACCAUGUAUAACAUCAACAAGAUUUGGGAUGUUGCCAUUUCUGCUGCCACAAGUAAUUCCAAUGCCAAAUCGAAGAAAAGCAAAAGAAAGACUAAAAUUAUUGGUGACAUUGAAGAAGUUGAACCCAUGCCACCAGUAAUGCCUCCAGCAGGAAAAGCUCCUUGGAUUUAUGUUGAAAAUUCUACAUUUGGAGAUGGAUUUAAAAAAUCAUUGAACCAAGAAUUCUUAUCCGACACUCGGUUUGUUAUUUUUGACAACAAGGAGCAAAUGGAACGAGAAAUUUGGGCGCAUCAACUCGUGCUUAGUUGUGGUCCUUCGAAAAUUAUUGAAGAUUUUGCAGAUCAAAUCAUGCAAGCCAAGUUGGAUCAUACACUCGAUGAAAUUUGUAAUCAAGUGAAUUCAGGACGUGUCACUGGAUUUGCUUCCAUGUCUCUAACCGAUCAUACGAAUGAUCCACAAAAGAAAUAUUUUGAAAUCAAAUUAAGCAAUACGGUAUCGUAUGAGUCCUUCUUGUGUUUGUUGGAAGUUAUUUAUUAUGGACAGUCAGAAACGUUGAAAAGCAAGAGAAGUGAUUCCAAAUUCCUGAAUCAAGUCAAAACCACUGCAUCUAUCUUUGAAUGUGAAUAUUUAGAAAAUAUGGCAACAAACUUCCUGGAUGGCCUCGAAGAUGUUUUCAAUGAGAGUUUGGGAACAUUUCUCAAUGACAUGUUAGGUAGUAAGGCAAAACAAAAAUAUUUUGGAAAAAAAGAUCAUGCAGAUGUGUGUUUGAAAUUGAGCAAUGAUCCACAAGAUAUUCGAGAAAUUUAUGCUCACAAAUUGUUCUUGUCCGUCAAUUGUGAAGUCUUUAGAGCCAUGUUUGAAGGAAAUUUCGUAGAAAAUACUUCCGAAAUGUCACAAGUCGAUUUGACAAGUGAAGUGGAUGCCACACAACCUGGUCAAUUGGAUAUGAGAUACCACGAAUAUCAAUCUCUCAUUGAAUAUUUAUAUUCUGCCCAUUCCACCAUUGAUGAAAACAACGCCAUUGGUUUAAUGUCUCUUUCCAAUCAAUACGGCAUGUCAGGACUCACUUCCAUGUGUGAAAUUUACAUUUCAAAAAUUAUUGACAAGUCCAUUGCCAAAGGAAUUGAAAAAGCAGAUAUUGACAUUAUUGGAAUUUUAUUAUUGGCACAAACAUACGCUGCCAAUCAAUUGGCUCAAUUUUGUUUACAUUUUAUUUCAACCAAUUAUGAGCCCAUGAAAGCAAGAAAAGAAUGGACUUUAUUGACUGGCUCCAAUAAGCAAUAUGUUGAGGAACAUAAAUGGCCACCAGAUUCGUAUUUCAAAGAAGUUGAAAAAUAUCAAGCAGCGAUGGAGAAGUAUUUGAAGAAGAAAAAGAAAUCUGAUAAACGAUCCAGUAAUGUGGACGAAACUGGAACGGAAGAGAGUGAAAUGACUUCUCUCGAAAAAGAUAAAAAGAAUUGCACGAUUCAAUAA